UCUCCUCAGGAAUAGUAUAUGAAAUUAACAAGGAUCUUUUGAUUUAAAAAAAAAAAGGGAGGAAUAAAAGAAAUUGGUGAGAGACACACAUACAAAGAGAGUUGAUUAAGAGAAAAGGAAGGGAAAAUAAAAGAGGAGUGGUAAUUUUGAAAUAUGGUGAUUGAUUGAUUGGCGAUCAAUUCAAUUCAAUUGGAAUCUGAAUUGUUCUGAUCUAAUCUCUUUCUACUUGUGCUUCAAUGGCAUCAUCUUCGUCGUCAGCGCCUAAUGUGGAUCUGUUCGAUGCUUAUUUCCGUCGUGCCGAUUUGGAUCGUGACGGCCGUAUCAGCGGUGUCGAAGCCGUCUCUUUCUUCCAAGGUUCCGGUUUGCCCAAAAAAGUCCUUGCUCAGAUUUGGGAAUUUGCAAACACAAAUCAGAGUGGUUUCCUAGGUCGUGCAGAGUUCUACAAUGCACUUAAACUUGUUACCGUCGCACAGAGCAAGCGUGAACUCACUCCUGAAAUGGUUAAAGCUGCAUUGUAUGGUCCAGCUGCAUCCAAGAUUCCUGCCCCUCAGAUCAAUUUUGCUGCCACUGUCACACCCCCAUCCGCACCAAAUCUUGGACCAAGGGGACCUCUUCCAAAUCAAAACUUUCCUGCUGCUUCUCAGCCAACUCCAUUAGUUAGGCCUCUGCAAAAUAUGUCUGCAGGUACUCAAGGACUUCCUGCUGUUUCUGGACCUCGCCCUGCAACUUCCUCCGCCUUCCCUGGGUAUGGCAACAUGGGUAGUAGUGGACCUCUGCAACAACCACAAGUAACGUCCUCUCAGCUGCCAGUUAGAGGAACUAGUCCUGUUGCAAUUACAACAUCGGCUUCAAGUGUUGCACCCCUCACACCUACACAACCACAACAUCCUUUAUCUGCUAGUAAGCCAUCCGAUACUUCUGUCAACGGUAUUAUGGCUUCUGAUUCAUUUUUCGGAGGGGAUUUGUUCUCAACCACCUCAUCUCAGCCCAACCAAAACUCUUCUUCACAAGGAUUUUCAUCUGCCAUUGUUCCUGUAUCUGGAGGGAACCAGAGUUCUAUUAGGACCACCACCCCUGAUUCUUUGCAGACCUCACUUGCUACUCACUCUGUUCGUCCACAUCUUCUUCAGCUGAACCAGCCGGCAGUGAAUCAGAACCAGCAUGCCUCGGUUCAGGCGCCUAAUAUCCCCACUUCAUCUGGACUUCCGGUGAGAUUGCAGGAUUCUGCGUCAGGUCAGCCCCAACCUCCAUGGCCAAGAAUGACUCAGACUGAUGUUCAGAAAUAUACAAGAGUAUUCAUGGAAGUAGACAGAGAUAGAGAUGGGAAAAUCACCGGGGAACAGGCGAGGAACUUGUUUCUUAGUUGGCAAUUACCAAGAGAGGUUUUGAUGCAGGUCUGGGACCUAUCUGAUCAAGAUAAUGAUAGCAUGCUUUCACUCAGAGAGUUUUGGAUUGCACUGUACCUAAUGGAGCGCCACAGGGAGGGACGUGCUCUUCCAAGUGUACUUCCAAAUAACAUUCUUCCUGAUAUACCGACGACUACUGGUCAACCUGCCAAUCUCCACACUCCCGUAACUUGGGGAAACCAGUCAGGUGUUCAACAACAGCAAGGGAUGACUGGAUCCGGUGCUCGACAACUCAACCCUACUGCAGGUCGGCCACCAAGGCCGGCUGCUGUUCCUCCAUCUGAUGAAGGAACUCAAAACAAGCAGCAGAAAUCCAAAAUUCCAGUCUUGGAGAAGCAUCUCAUAAAUCAACUGAGUUCAGAUGAGCAAAAUUCAAUUAACUUGAAGUUUCAAGAAGCAACAGAAGCUGAUAAGAAGGUAGAAGAACUUGAGAAAGAAAUAGCGGAGUCCCGAGAGAAAAUAGAUUUCUUCCGUUCAAAAAUGCAAGAACUUGUUAUAUACAAGAGCCGAUGCGACAAUCGUCUUAAUGAGAUCAUGGAAAGGAUAUCUGCUGAUAAACAUGAGGUAGACAAUCUAGCAAAGAAAUAUGAAGAUAAAUAUAAGCAAGUUGGUGAUGUAUCAUCCAAGUUGACAACGGAGGAAGCCACAUUCCGUGACAUACAGGAGAAAAAAAUUGAAUUAUAUCAAGGGAUUGCCAAGUUGGAACAGGAUGUAAAUACUGAUGACACAGUAAAGGUCCGUGCAGAUCGCAUCAAUUCUGACUUUGAUGAACUGGUGAAAUCUCUAAAUGAACGGUGCAAGAAGUAUGGAUUACGUGCAAAGCCCACGACAUUAGUGGAGCUACCCUUUGGCUGGCAACCUGGUAUCCAAGAAGGAGCUGCUGAUUGGGAUGAAGAUUGGGAUAAGCUUGAAGAUAAAGAAUUUACUCUUGUCAAAGAAUACACUCUUGAUGUGCAAAACACCACAGUGCCUCCAAAACAAAAGCAACCAAAGGCUGUGAACGCAAAAGCUUUGGAUAUUGACAGUCCAAAAUUUGUAGCAUCGCCUAAGAGUGAUGAUAAAUCAGAAAAACCUCAGACUACAAAUGAACAAGGAAUAGGCAACGGAUCUGUUUAUAAUAAAAGUGAUGAUGGGUCUGCAAAAAGUGCUCCUAAUAGUCCAUUUGCAAGCAGUACUAUAGGAAGUCCGCAUAGGGACUUUGUUGAUUCUGACAUUCCAAAGACUUCUGGUGAAGAUAGCUCACCCCGUAAUCAAGAUGAGGCGCAAGAAACCCAAAGUGAUCAUGGCGGUGAGAAGUCUGUGUUUUCUGAAGAACGAGUUUUUGACGAACCUAAUUGGGGAACCUUCGACACAAAUGAUGAUAUUGAUUCAGUUUGGGGAUUCAAUGCCAGUAGCAUCACUAAGGAGGAGAGAGAGCUUGAUGGAGCUGGAGACAACUAUUUCUUUAGUUCUGGAGACCUGGGCCUCAACCCCAUUAAAACAUCCUCACCACAGGCUGCUGAUCUCUUCCAGAAGACCAGUGGAUUCAGUUUUGAUGAUUCUGUUCCAAGCACCCCACUUUUCAGCUCAAGCAGUUCCCCACAAAGGCCUAAAGACUGGUUGGAAAACGCUUUUGACUUUUCAAGAUUUGAUUCAUUUAGCACACACGAUAGUGUAUCUUUACCUGCUCGGGAAGCACAACCACCAGUACGAUUUGAUUCUGUCCGCAGCAGUGCGGAUUUUGAUCAUGGUUUUCCUGCUUUUGAUGACUCGGAUCCCUUUGGCUCUGGGCCUUUUAGGACUUCAUCAGAAAGUCAAACUCCUAGAAAAGGAUCUGAUAAUUGGAGUGCUUUUUAGUUUUGCAAUUCUACCACACAUUCAUGCGUUAUUUCUGUCUUCAGGCCUCUUCCGAUAUUUGCCUCUGGUGGAGUGAGUUGUGCAUCUUUCUGUGUGGCACCUCUUAUUUGUAAUGUAUUCUUUGUAUUUAAUCCUGUGUAUUCCUUAUCUCUCUGUUUUUCUUUGGCGUGGGUGUUGUGUUAAACCCAGCGAUCCCACUUGAUUUCUUAAAUUGGAAGUGAAGGUCUGUUCAUAUUUUUGGCUUGUUCGUUGAUAGUUUUCCAUAGAGUCUCCGUUAAAAGUAUCUCCACCUGAUGAGAUCGUGGGUAUUGAUAUGACUUUGAUUUUAGUUUUGUUCAAACUUUAACGAUCAGAAUUUUAUUAUAAUUCUUUUUUUAGCGAGUUAUAGCUUGAACUUCA